GUGAGGAAGGAGAAGAAGAAGCACUCGCAUACACGGCGUCAUGACUCGAAAGAAGCAGCUGGACCGGUCGCGUAAGUGGGCCAAGAGGAAGGGCAGCCAAGAAUCUCCAGCACCACGUGACUCGUCUUUGGCACGGAUACUGGACGAGCUGCAGACGGCAGCCUUCAAAGGUACCAUCGAUAGAGGGCAAGCUGCCUUCCUCAAGGACCUGUUGCAUCAGUCUCCUAUACUGGCCGCGGCUCACUGUGGACGUAAUGAAGCAGUUGAAUGCCUUCUAAGAGCUGGACGGGACCCAAACACUACUUCUAAGGACGGCACCACGCCAUUGAUGCUAGCAGUUGCACAAGGGCACGUUGACGUAGUCACCAGACUCCUAGAAGAAGGUGCCGACGCUUGGAUUAUCAGCAAGGACGGUAAGAGUGCCUUACAGCUGGCUGUCCAAAAUAUGAACCCGAUCCUGUUCAACUUCAUUUGGAACCAUCUGGAAAAGGCUGAUCGGGCUGCUCUGCUCAAGAGCAGCAAGUGCCUGCUACACUUGGCUUCCGAACUCGGCUGGGAUUUUUGUGUGGCCUUUCUAUUGAAAUUCCCCGAGGCUGAUGCGGAACAGAAGGGCAAGGAUGGCAAGACAGCUCUCAUGGCAGCAGCAGCCGAAGGACGAGACAACGUCGUCAUGCGCUUGCUCAAUUUUGGUGCGCAAAUUCUUCGAGAGGAUCAGUGUGGAGCCACUGCUGCAUGCUGGGCAGUUGCUAGGCGUCAUAUGAGCACGGCCAAGACCAUCUUCCUAAGAAUGACGUCUGCAGAAAAGGAAACGUACGUGCAAAAAAGGCUAUCCCUGCUCAUCUCCCCCACUACCUCUGGUCGAGACACCAGGACCUUCUACAGGGACAUGCUUUUCCGAGUCUUGGUGGCCGUUCGCCUUUUCAUGGAAAACGGCGUUCGACUUCUCCUCUCCCACAGCGUCUUCGAAGCCCUUAUAUCUUGUUGUCGUCGUCACAUGCAAGAUGCUUCCAUCUUAAACCCUAUACUUCAUAUCUGCGCUUGCUUUCUUCACGAUAAAGCGGCCUUCAGCAAAUACAUUCAACAUGAUAUGGCGGAAGCUUUUAUUGAUUCGUCAGCGCCAAACUUCAUUCUGGAGGUAUUAAGCACACACGCUCCGAAUUCUCAGACUUGCUCCACCGCGCUUUUACCGAUCCUACCCGUGAUUGAGCUUGAAGCGGGUCGCCUAUGGGUAAAACAGCACCUGAAGGCAUUGAUACCUCCUUUCCGCGAGUUCUCGCCGAAGAAGGACAUGGAUUUUUUCUGGACAGAAGGGGAAAAGAUAAAGACCUGCGUAAUGUGGGAAAGAUUUAAGGAGAGGUUCGCUCAGUUCUAUUUCGACGAAUUUGGAGUCCUUUUGGAAAUCGUAGAGCCUAUUAUCCCGGAGGAAGCGAAAGGUACGCUGUCCAGAAAGAGGGCACCAGUCAUAGGUACAAACAAGAGCCCUCCAACCAAGAAAAAAACGUCGAAUAAGAGGUCUCCACGGCAGCAACUUCAAGUUUCAUUUCGAGAUACGUUUCGAAUGUCAAAGAGAGAGAGAGUCGGGAUUGCGACUAAAAACGCAGAUUUGGCUACCUUCGAUAUAGUCCCCACUGCGCCUCCGUCGACGCCCUCUGCGGCAGGCCAACUCCGAGGAUAUGCCAAUGCGGUGAAGAACAAUCUGCCGAAACGAGAAGCCCUUCUUGAAGGCCCGUGCAACGCUCAAGCGUCUAAUUUCCAAGAAGUGAAAAAUUCGAAAGAACCCUGUAACAAAAAUCUGCUGAACGACCUUGUGUUGGACAAAAUGACUGAAACGAAGCCAACUACUGCUGGAAGUCGUCCUGUUCAAAGUAGAUCGUUUCCCUUACGUCGUUCCAACAGCGCUCCUUCUCUGAAGAACUCAAUGUAUUCAGUAUCGGCUUUUAACCCAUUUCACAGCAAAAAAAUUGAGCCUCUGUCACGAGCCAUUGAAACGUUAUCAUCAAGUUGGAACGCCACCAUGGGAGAUACAGCUGAUAAUCCUCGUUUCGUGUCGCAAUGUGGCGCUGACGCCGGUAAAGCUGACAGAUGUCGGGAGACGAAGCUACCUUGUCAGCUGUUACACGCCUUACAAGAGAGUGUGCUUCGCGAUAUCCUCAAGACAGAACAGAUGAAGUCGCUUAACAAAGAAGAAACAGCCAUGUCUUUAGCGGAAGCCAUGCUAAAAGCCAUGAACAAGGUCGCUAAAGUAGAUGCUGCGAGUGAAGAGGCUCGCCACAGUAACGUAGUGGCUGAAGUACGGCGUGUCGAUUCGGUUGAUACCAUAGAAUGUUCGUCAUGGUGGAAAAUGACAGAUAAGCUCGAUAUUGGGGAGACGCCCGUUUUAUCUGCUUCGUGGACGUCAGAAAAUCAGCGAUGGAAGCAGGGAUAUCAAGAACUUGCUAAUUCACCAGAAGGAACACUCGUGCAUGUCAAAGGAAUCUUCUACAAAGAUACGAAGAGGCUAUCCCUCAUGCGUGGAAAAUACAGUAUUUUAGGGGGAAAGAUGGAAGUUUUUCUGGCUAUGACGAAGAGCGGAAUGGAACUCCUGCUGAAGAAGAUCGAACUUCAGUCCGAUAUCCCGAAAGCUCUGAAUCGUAUCAGCAGCUUCCAGAAGUUAAACAUUACGCAUCGUAACUUAAUUUUUCCUCACGUCACGUGCUUAUGUUCGCAGCAAACACAAGCGUGUUACAUAGUGUGGCCACCGCAGGAAAGGAACCUCUCCGAGCACGUAGCGUUGCUCAAAGAAAUCAAGUACCCUUUGAUUGAAUGGGGCAGGACUGCGGCUACGCAAAUCUUAGAUGGACUCACAUUUCUGCACAUUCGAUCACAGCCAAUCCUGCAUGGCAGACUUAAGCCGUCCAACGUUCUGGUAUCAUCCAAGGGUCAUAUAUUGCUGACUGACUUUGGUCUUCAAGAAAUCGCGCCUGAUAUACCGUUUGGAUUUGUUACCAGAGAUCAUCAGGAAGAUACCCUCAGUGACGCAAGCUGGAGGCCAAGGGAACUUAUAUACGCCGUCACCGAAGAUAUGGCCCAAACAUGUUAUUCCGCUGCGUCGGAUAUGCAGAUGGCUGGUAUGGUGACGUACUUUCUGAUGAGCGGUCUCCACCCUUUCGGGAACCAUGAUGAGGAAUGUCAGACGAACAUUCUUCGGGGUUUCAGUUGUAUGCGACGUCUGGCUCCAGAUAUAGACGACCUCAUUCACCACCUCAUCACACUUGAGCCUGAAUACAGAUUAUCUGCUGUGCAAGCCUCCAGGCAUCCUGCAUUUUGGGGUGCGAGGAAACGUCUGUUCUUUCUCUCUGCUGUAGCCCUCGAGGUAGACCGUGAUCGCAGGACUUCUGAAGAUGCUGUCAGGCAGCUAGAAACAUUUGCCAAUACACCUGAUUGGUUGCAGAAAAUUCCGGUUCGUGUAGUAUCAGACAUCUUCGGGUUGACAACGCCUCAUGCUACUACUUGCAAUCUGCUGCAUGUCAUUAGACGCUGCACGCUUCAUUACGAAAGUCUAUCUGCCGAAGCACGUGAGAGCAUACGACAGCCAGAGAAGUUCUUCUUGGACAAAUUGCCAAGAAUUUUCAUGGAUGUUCACACCGUUGUUCGUCGGACUUACUUACGUACUUGCACAAACAUUGAAGCAUUUUUCUGACUGGUGCGGUACAUACCAAAUAGGGAGGAGAAAAAUCUGUUAUAGGCUGUAUGUUCAUGUUUAUUUCACGGCUACAGUAACAGACGAUCAGCACAUCGUCGUAUUUUGUUGCAGCCAGAGUGAUUGUGGCGCUCGGUUAGGUCAGCCAUUACUGGAUGGCGUUACUUUACAAACCUGUACCAGAUAUGGAAUAAACGCAUCGUCAUUUGCACGACAACCAU